CCUGCGCCUCCGAGGCGGCACUGUUAUCAUCUGCAGCGCAGCAGCUCCCAUCCUGAGGGGGGCCUGCUAGGUGGUGCCCGCGGCCUGUUGGGUGGUGCCGAGCUUGAAGGGGGAGGUACCGAAGAAAUGAGGGUGUUCUGAAAUGGCAGGGGUCUCCGUCAUAAACGGCUCAGGCCUGCAGAAGCCAAGGAGGGAUGUAGGCGAGCGUGUCUGUCUUUAUUUGCAGGUUCCUGGAAGCACUUUGGCUAGAAGAGGUGUAUUCAGGGCUCUGUGGGGAGCUCCUGCCUCCGGUAGGAAUUGCUGAUAGAGGUUAGCAAUGGUCCGUAGUGGAAAAAAUGGUGGGCUCCACCUGAAGCAGAUUGCAUACUACAAACGAACAGGAGAGUAUCAUCCCACAACAUUAUCAAGUGAAAGAAGUGGAAUCAGGAGAGCAGCCAAAAAAUUUAUUUUCAAAGAAAAUAAAUUGUUCUAUGUUGGAAAAGACAGAAAACAAAUGCGCCUGGUAAUUGUUUCAGAUGAAGAGAAGAAAAAGGUUCUUGAGAAAUGCCAUGAAAAUGCUGCUGGCACUCAUCAUGGUAUAUCAAGGACACUGACUUUAGUAGAAUCUGGUUACUACUGGACCUCUGUUACAAAUGACGUCAAGCAGUGGGUGUAUGCUUGCCAGCACUGCCAAGUGGCAAAGAAUACAACCACCACAGCACCCAAAACACACCCUAUCAAAGCAGAGGAGCCAUGGACAGUUGUCACUAUAGACCUAAUGGGACCUUUUAAUGUUACCAACAGAAGCCACAAGUACAUCAUAAUUAUGACAGAUUUGUUUACAAGAUGGGCUGUUAUCUUGCCUCUGCAUGACACUUCAGCAGCUGAAAUUGCUAAGGCAAUCAUACAUGUGUUUUUCUUAUAUGGGCCACCUCAAAAAAUGCCUAUUGAUCAAGGGAAGGAGCUUGUUUAUCAGAUAAAUGAAGAACUGUUUGCACUGUUUGGCAUGAAACAAAUUGUAUUGUCUUAUCCUCAGACAGAUGAUGUAAAUGAAAGAACAUGCAAGACAAUCAAAACUUUCCUUAACAAAUACUGCAGUGACCAUCCAAAUGAUUGGGAUGAACAUUUGUCUGCUAUUGCCUAUGCUUUCAAUUUGAUAAAUUUGGAGCCAGAUCAAAACACUCCAUAUUUCCAAAUGUUUAAUCGUAACCCACAUGUUGUUGAGCCAAUGAAUGUAUGUGUGGAAGGAGAAUACAGUAUGUUUGCCAAAAUAUUUGAAGCAACUAAAAAAGCCAGUCAAGCACGGGAAGAAGAGAAAACUUCAGAUUGCCAGGUGGAGAAAAACACUUCAGAUGAACAAAAAGUUGGAAACAAAAUCACUGUCAAAAGGAAGCCAAAGCAAUUAAAUACCCUUCGACUUAAAGUUGGCCAUGAAGUCCUCAGACAAAGAAAAAACUGGUGGAAAGAUGGUCGUUUCCAGUCGGAAUGGGUUGGUCCUUGUAUUAUAGAUUACAUCACAGACAAUGGCUGUGCAAUAUUAAGAGAUGCCACAGGAUCCAGGUUGAAAAGACCUAUCAAGAUGUCUCACCUCAAGCCAUACAUAAGAGGGUCCAGUGAAAAAGACAACCAUUACUUUCUACAAGGUGCAGUAGUUGUUGACCAUGACUAUAUUGGCUUAUCUGAAAGAUCCUAUAAUCCAAGCCAACAAGACUCUGUUGCUGAAGAGGAAAUAAAUGCCUGUACAAGAGAUGUCACAUCGGCUGUGCAAAUGCCACCUGCAUCUUGCGAAGACCAAAAUUCAACAGAUGUUAAACAUCAGUCUGAGAUGGCAGAAGAUCAUUGCAUUGGAUCGAACAAUGCAGAGCCAGAGCAAUGGCCUUCAUCUUGCUGGACAUUUCAGACCAAGAUAGAGGAUACUUAAGCAUAGUCUCAUUGCCAAACAGUUUGGAACUUCUGUGGCAGACUGAAAAAAAAUGUAAUAGAUUCACAUUCCUUAGCCAAAUCUCCUUUAUUUGUGAAUACAAGAGUACUUCAGCUGUCCACUGGUUAAUUUGUAUGGGCAUUAAGAAGGAAUUUCUCUGUUACUAAAAACGUAGGCACAACCUAGUAAAAGCACAUGUUCUACUACCCUAUGAAUUUAAGAACACUGUACGUGUCCAGUGGUUAACUUAUGUGGGUGUUGAGAAGCAUGCACUCAGUGACCAAAAGUACAGGCACAACUUAGUAAAAGCACAUAUUCUUAUGCAUUUGAAUUUCAGAUUUUGCUGGCAGAAUGGCAGUACCUUUACUGUUAUCCUCUCAGGACAGAAUGCAUCAUUUCACUGUAAUGACCUUUUCAUUAAUCCUUAGAUGACUCAUUCCUAAUGUGUAGAGACACUGUGGGAUGAAUAUAAUCUAAGCAACUUGAUGUGAAUUUUGCCUCCGUUGUAGAGAGAAUCCUUUUCCUGUUAUAAAAGUUUCCUAUUCUUUCUCAGAAACUCCAGCCGCUGACUUUUACAGCUUUUAAUUUCUUUAACAUCUCACAAAACAGUAAAGCUGCCAAAAUCAAUUACCUGUAAUGUUCUGCGUAUGAAACAACAUGGCCUUCAGCUUGAUAUCACUGGCCACAGCUGUGUAAGAAAAGAGCUCAGCACUAUGACAGAUACUAUCUUAAAAUUUAAAUGAAAAAAUAGAACGUAUUUUGUGUAUUCUGAAAAUCCAGUCAUACAUAAAUACACCUUUUCUCCACAGAGACUGUUUCAGAAAGAGGGUGCUGGGAGGCAGCUGAGAUGCUGGCUUAACAGGCUCCUCUAUGCCAGCUCUACAGAGCACUUGGGGAUGAACAAGUUUUGUGUUGGUGUUGACAAAGCUAUGCAAUCUUUCUGUUAGCUGCUGUUACUCCCAAGCCAUGCUGUCCUCUGAGGACAGGUGACCUUUACAGUCAUCUGCCUAGUGCAGUCAGGGAAGUAAAGGAAGUGUGCCCGGUGAAACACAUUUGUCAAAAAAAAAAAAAAAAGCUGGGACAUCCUGUCAAACUAGUUAGAGCAGCAGAAAAAACACAUGCAAAUAUGACAUAACCAGUAAGUGUGAACAAUGGCCUUACUUCGAUUUAAUUUUUUCCCCCAGUAAUGAGCACUGU